AUAUUUCAUCUCUCCAUACGGCAAGGGAUUAUCUCAACUCGAUAUCCAGUUUAUGAAACGAUUGCAUAAGAAAGUGAAUAUUGUGCCCAUCAUUGCAAAGGCCGACGCUUUGACACCAAACGAAAUGCAUGCCAUCAAGAAAAAGAUACUGAGAGAGUUUGAUGAGCACGGGAUCAGUAUUUUCCGUAUUCCUGAGUGCGAUAGCGACGAAGACGAACAGUUCCGACGCAAAGAUCAAGAAAUAAAGGAAAGCAUUCCAUUCGCUAUUAUCGGAAGCACUCAAACCAUUGAACAUCAGGGAAGACGAAUUAGAGGACGAGAAUAUCAAUGGGGUGUUGUCGACAUUCAGGACGAAAAGUACAGCGAUUUCAUUAAAUUGAGAACAUUUUUAAGUCUUCAUAUGCAAGACUUAAAGGAUGUGACGAGUGAUGUGCUCUAUGAGAACUAUAGGGCCCAACAUUUGGCUAAAUUAAGUCAACAACAA